CUUCUUAAGCUUUAUCAAAAACUGAAAUAGCCAUUUGUUCCAUAUCCUAUUCAGAAUGUGCUACCGACAGCUGCGUUUCAUAAAAAAUACGGCAUGCGGUCAUCUCACUUUCCAAGGAGACACUUACAUUGACUGUCUCGCACGAGACUGCAUACUCAGUUCCACUCAUCCUGCCACGUGCGGAUCACCGGGCAGACCAUGCAAUUGCCGUCGGUAUUAUAGGUAAGUGCUUUUUGCUUCCGCGAACCUUUCCGCUUAUUGUUAUUCUCCAGUCAACCUCAGCGGCUCAUCGCACAAGAAGUAAAACCCGCGUUCCUCAAUU